UACGCAAAGAUCACGCAUUUCGGAGUCACAUGAACGGGUCACAACUUUCAGUCUUUCCUCCCCUUAAUAUCUUAUUUUAUCUACGGUUUUGAAAGCUCGACAUGGAUGAAGACGGUCUGCCAAUCGUUGGUUCCGGAGUUGAUCUCACUAAGGUUCCUGCUAUACAGCAAAGGAGAGUCGUCGCCCACCUCAAUCAGUUUGUUGUGCACACAGUUCGCUUCCUUAACCGAUUCUCUACUGUGUGCGAGGAGAAACUUUCAAAUAUUUCCCUUCGCAUACAACAAAUUGAAACCACUUUGUGUAUUUUGGAGGCCAAAUUGUCAUCCAUUCCUGGACUGGAGGAAGUCACAGUGGAUGGACUCAACCAGCAGCAAAGUGUCCAGUCUAAUGGACCGGUUAGCGCCAGUCAGAACCAAUCAGAUGGUGUAACAGCAAGGGGAGCUCCUCCCUCACAGCCCGGUCAGAGUCAACCAGAAGCUGCACCUGCACCAGAAAAAGCAGAAGCGGUUCCAGACAAUGUCAUGACUGUGGCUAAGGACCAACGUUACGCACGCUACCUGAAAAUGGUUCAAGUGGGAGUACCGCCAAUGGCUAUUCGUAAUAAAAUGCUUAUGGAAGGUCUGGAUCCAAACCUGCUCGACACACCUGAUGCGCCGGUGCCUGAUGGAGCAGCAAGUAGCACAGAGAAUGAGGAUAUUCCUGCCACCAGCUCUGACAGUGAGUCGUCGUUCAGUGACUGAUCUGCCUCUGCACAGCUCCACGUUCAAGGCCGUUCGUUGCAACAUGCUCAUCCUGCAGGCUGGUUGCUGCUGCAGGAUUGUGAAAAUGUUCACAUGAAGGUGCUUAAAUGAUUGUAAUUCUUCUGGAAAUGACCAUUUGCUGACAAAUGGAAAAAUAUGAAUGUUUUUCAAAUGUGAAAAACAUUCAUAUUUGUAUUUCAGUUGUUUGGAAUUAUUUUGGAUUGAAUCUGUAAAACUUACAUCGUUCAAACACAGAACUUUAGGUUAAGUAAUUUGUACGAUAUAGUAGCUGGAGUCCUACUUUCACAUAAACAGCUACUAUUAUUUAUUCAAGUUUGUAUUAAGAACGACGCGGUGGGAGAUGAACUUUGACCUUAGGAGCUAUUCAACAUUUAAAUCCAGUCUCUAAAUCAGCGCCACCUUUAGCGCUGUGCAGUGCAUUAAGGUUUGGCACCGAAAUACAAAAUGCUGGUUUGAAUCGAGAUAUUUGCUGCAUCAGGAAACCAAUUAUAAGAUUUACCAGCUAAACUUUUCUCUCUGUGGUAUUUAGGAUUAAUUUGGCUCAAAAAUCUUGCAAAAAAAUACAAUUACUUCAUUUUUUUAAUGAGAAAAUUAGAAAGAUUUAAAGCAUUUUCUUAAUUUCAUGACAUGAAACUGGGGGAAAAAAAUCUUAUGCUGUUGCAUAAACUUGACUGUAUGAUAUUAAAACCAAACAAUAAUUAGUUUAGUGUUAUGUUAUUUCAUAAUUAUAAUUUCUAUAUAAACAUAUAUUCUUGAUGUUGCCGUGUGAGUCAAAAUAAUUCACCUUUUUUUUGUUUUAGGUAAUGAAUGUAUUUUCUGGUUGUUGUACUUCAGCAGCAUAAUCAUUUAAAAACUGUUUUUUCAUAUCAAGCCCACCAAACUUGUUGGGGUUAUAUAAAUAAAUUAAUUGUUUAUUUCAGAGAUGUCCUUGCACUGAAACAUCUGCAGCUCUAACAGUAAACUUUGUCGAUUUUUAGUUACUGCUAAAGAUUAAUUUUCUUUGCCAGUUCAUUUUCUGUCUCUCUUUCGUAAUAUGAACUCUUGUGUUUCCCAUUUUGAAGCACAAGAGAAAUGGGUCUGUUCGUCCCAUCAAAUUUCAGACUAAUUUAAGACAAGUUAAAGAAUUAUUUAAAACAUGCAAUUGCAUUUUGAGUUUCCUAUAAAUUAAAAUAUGCCGCUGCAAUUUAUUUUGAGUCUUUUCAGACAUUUUUACCAGGGGUCAGUAAGUUUGGAGUGCAGUGUAUUACUGCUUAAUUUUGUUAAAAACAUUUUUAACCAAACCUUCUGUCUUGUCUGGAGGAAAAGCACUAA